UGGAAGUGGGUAGAGUGGCUGGAAGUAGGCGUGUUUGGUUGCUGUUGCUUUUGGUGCAGGGUGGCAGAAUUGCUCCAGGGACAAAGGGAAGGAGGCAGGUCGCCGUGGACCGACUAAAGAGCUCACCCCGCGCCAAGCUGAAGGGAUGCGCGCCCACGUUUCUGUGUAGGGGAUCCGCGCAGCGGCCCUAGGUGGAGGCCUGCGAAGGGGUGUAUUUGGCGUCAAACCCAGGAAUCCUGGUUCUGCUCCCUUGCGACCCGGAGAGAAUGACUUGAACUGCCCUUGCCAGUAGCCAGCGGAUAAUUCUUUUCCUCCUGGCAGAGCUGUGAGGAUUAAAGGCAAUUCUGGCUAACGAGAUUAUCCAGCUGCUGGUAUCUAAGAGAAGGCUGUCAGUAUUAUUUAGUGAAUGAGGAAACUCGGGCACAGCGAAGCCACUUUCAUACGUCCAACAAGGUCUUUGUCUUAGAGCCAGAGAAACAGGUCAGAUUGGGAAGAAAUAGAAGCCUCUCUCCCAGAACUGAGCAGAGAACCAGAAGCAAUUUUCAUUGGAACUGUGGCAUGUGCCUUUGGGAACCCAAGAGAGCAGAAGGAAGAUGCUCCAGGCCAGUAACUACAGCCUGGUUCUCUCCCUGCAGUUCCUGCUGCUGUCCUAUGACCUGUUUGUCAAUUCCUUCUCAGAACUACUGCGAAUGGCUCCUGUCAUCCAGCUGGUACUCUUCAUUAUCCAGGAUAUUGCAAUCCUCUUCAACAUCAUCAUCAUAUUCCUCAUGUUCUUCAACACCUUCGUCUUCCAGGCUGGCCUGGUCAACCUCCUGUUCCAUAAGUUCAAAGGGACCAUCAUUCUGACAUCUCUGUACUUCGCCCUCAGCAUCUCCUUUCAUGUCUGGGUCAUGAACUUACGCUGGAAAAACUCCAACAGCUUUGUUUGGACAGAUGGACUUCAGACUAUAUUUGUAUGUCAGAGACUAGCAGCGGUGCUGUACUGCUACUUCUGCAAACGGACGGCUAUGAGACUGGGCGACCCCCGCUUCUACCAAGACUCGCUAUGGCUGCGCAAGGAGUUCAUGCAAGUCCGAAGGUGACCACUCUCCACGCCGACGGUUGCCUUUCCUUCCUGGUAGAGGCUACCUACGUUGCUCCCCAGGGAGGGGCAGCCUUAGCACCAGAAGAUAGCUGGACUUCCAAGAACAGGCUAAAGCCAGCUGUGCUCAGCAUUUUAGAGGAAGACCCACAAGGUGUGAUAAGUCAUGCCUAUUAUCCCAGCACUUGGAAGGCUGGGGCAGGAGGAUCGCCACAAGCUUAAGGCUUAUCUGGGCUACACAAGGAGAUGCUAUCUCAAAAAAAGAAGGAAGACCCUCUCUCUUGCAAAUUAAAGUUUUUCCACAAUCUUCA